CUCCCGUAUGUUGAAACUCCCGUAUGUGACGUAUGAAGGUCAAGCGUUUGAAGCACGCGCGUAAAAUUUUGGCGUUCUAUAACCGACAUUUCGACGUCCACAAGCCGUAUCAAGUACUAGUAGAUGGAACGUUUGCUCAAGUUGCCCUGAAAUCAAAAAUAUACAUUAAAGAACAGCUGCCGAAAUAUUUGGACGGACCAGUUCAACUUGUGACGACAUCUUGUGUUCUUUCUGAGGUUAAGUCUCUCGGUGUUGAGCUUCUUGGUGCAACACUCGUCCUCAAACGAUUUCAGCAGAGAAGAUGCUCUCAUGGAAGCAAACCGAUUCCCGCCAUUGACUGUAUAAGGAGUCUGUUGGGUGCAGAGAAUCCACACCACUAUUUAGUGGCCACACAGGAUGUGGAGUUGAAGCAAAGCUUGAGAGAGGUAGCGGGUGUGCCGAUAGUACACAUUUGUCACAACGCUAUCACGAUUGACAGCCCGUCCGUUGCGUCGAAACGACAAGCCAACGAGGUCGCUCGUUCCGACUCCCGCCUAUCGCGUCACGAACGAGAAACGCUCGAGCAGUUGAAACGCGCCCUACCACACGAAGAGCAGCGACGAACUCGAGGGAGACGGCGCCGCCCGCAGGGACCAAACCCGCUGUCGGUAAAACGAAAGAAGGAGACAAUGAAAGUGGUGAAGAAUCCCGACAAAAGAAAGAAGACACGGCGGAAGCCGAAGCGGCUCGGAAAGAACGCCGAUUGAAGUGGGAAAAUUGGAUACAGUUUCGACGCAGAGAUAAGUUGCUGUACAGAUGGCUAUGUUUUCUCUAUUUCUCGUAACAAGGAAAAUAAACUAUCAAC